GUGACACACAGUCAGCCUUUGGGGAUGAGUUUCACAGAGGCAGCAAUGUGUUUUGUGCCCUGCUGAGUGGACUGUCACAGGAUCGUAUCAGCUCAUGUUGAGGAGACCAAAAGACACCAUGUAUAAAAGUGUUCCUGAUCAGUUGGAAGCUUGAGCGGCAGUGAUAUGAGUCUCUUGCUCUGGUUCGGUGGAGGCAGAUCGUUUCUGCUGCUUUUGAUCCUGCUGUGCUGUGGGACCCUGUCGAUCUGGACCAAGACCAGCAGACACCAAGGGUCCCGCAGACCCGUGCACAACCACACCGAUGACAUCAUACUGGCUGUCAUACUCCCUCAGCACAAUACGUCCUACCCCUGGGCAUGGCCUCGUGUGGGACCUGCGCUGGACCGCGCCAUUGCUCGCAUCAAUGCCGACCCCACCCUACUGCCCCGGCACCACGUCCGGCACAUCUUUGCCAACAGCGAGAAUGGGGACGGUAUCUGCUCAGAGUCCAUCGCCCCCCUCAUGGCCGUAGACCUGAAGUUCGAACACAACCCGUGGGCUUUCAUAGGGCCCGGCUGUGACUAUACCUCCUCCCCUGUUGGGCUGUUCACCGCUCAUUGGGGCCUCCCCAUGAUCACGGCAGGGGCCCCCGCCGUAGCUUUCGUGCAGAUGGGUGUAUUUGGGGGAAAUCUGUGGAAGCUGAAUGACUUUAGAAGAAAAAGUCAAAACCUGUAUGACUUCAUCUUCUAA